AUGAAUGAUGAUUUAACUGUAGGAGUAUCUGAUAAAAUGGUCAGUGAUAUACUAAUUAAUAUACCUCGAUUGAGGCCACUUAUUCAAACGAGAAAUGAAUACUUGAAUGCAAAUUGGAGUGAUAUUAAUUUAGGAUUAAAAAGUAAUUGGCCUAUAGUACCUUUGGACUCUGCAAUAUUUGAGUUCCUAUGUGAAUUUUAUCAAAGUACAGGUAGGUCACUCGAUAAGUUGUUAUAUGAUAUUGAGAGGUCAAGAGAUAAAAAACAAAGCAAGAAUUAUAUUUCGACAUCUAUAGCUAGUGACUUAAUUACUGACAAUUUGGUGAUAAAACUUAUGGAGACACUUGUAAUAAAUCGAUGGUACUCUCCUGCGGUAGAAUCUUUGAGAAGUAUUGAGAGAAUACAUAGAAAAGAAGUAGGAGUCAGUUGUUUGUUUUCUACAAAUUCAAACACAAAGCGAUCACCCACUGGAUGGGUCUUAUUUACUCAUAAAAGUGGUUGGUUUGAUUACAAAUGUAGUCCAGAGGAAGUUGACAAAGUAAACCUAGUUAAUAUUGUUAACAUAGAAAGACUAAAGAAUAAGCUUAGUUAUAUAUCUAUCCAAUUAUCUAAUGAAGUAUUUAUACCAGAACAUAAACUAGAAUAUUUUAAUACCAGAAAUAAAACUAAGAGAGAUCAUGAUUUAAGUAUAGUAUUAUAUAUAGAUUUUUCCAAUGAACAUGCUACUGAACUAAUGAGAUCCGUUAUUAAUUUAUGGAAUAGAUUAAAAGAUAUUGAAAAUAACUUAAUAUUUACAUCAGCUAUUCUGCUAAUCAGACAUCUUGACUUAAUUAAGAGUGAUGGGGAAAUGGAAUUUGAAUAUUUAACAGGAUAUGGGACAAUAUUGAGAAAAACUAGAAAGGACAGUAUUUCAAAGUUCAAUAGUUUUGUUAACAAAAGUUGUAACUCCGAUAUUAGUCACCAAAUAUUAAAUAAAGUAGAUGAAGAAUAUUGUGAUUUAAUGACAUCUUGCGAUAUAGCUGUAAAUAUGGAGAAUGUUAUUGACCCGGAUACAAAUUUAGAUAACGAAUGCAUUGUAGAUUUGGGAGUCCAGACAAUAUCUCUUUCUAAGCGUUUAGAAAAUCCACUAAAAGCUAUGUCUCUUUUUGUUAGUAAUUUUGGCACCUAUCAAUAUGCUUUAUGUAAAAGCUUGAGGACAAGGAGAACCCAUGGAGCUAUUGAGAAAUUACAUAAGUAUAUAACACCAGGAGCUACGAUAAUAUCUAUUAAUGGACGUUUGGUAUCUCCUUCAGAAGCAUCAUUUAUGAAUAUAGCUCCAAUUAUUAAGUCUAUAAUCUUUAGUCGUUUCAAACUCGCUUAUACAAAUAAUAUAAAUCUUGAUAUGGUUGAAGAUGUUCUAUCUAACACAGGUUUAAUUGAUAAUGAACUAAUUCCAUUAUUUGGGACAAAUGUGACUUUAGGAGUUAAAAGUGAUAAUUCAGUUUACAUUAAUAUUCUAAAAGGGGAUUUACUAGAAAAAGCUAGGAACUCAGAGAUAUUUGAUAAUAGUACGUUGGAAGAUGUAAAAAUUGAUAUAGAUAAUGAUUCUUCAAUUUUAGACGAAGAUGGAUGGGUUGGAAAGAUGGAGUAUACAUUAACAAAAUCUGAUCCUUGGGUUAAGUCAUCACCUAGAACAGAUUGGAGAAUUCUUUAUGAGCUACCGAAAAAACAAAGUCAUUUUUAUAUGGACAUUGCUAAUAUUGGAGAAACUCAAUGGGGGAGAACCCCUAUGCUAUUUGAUGACGUCUGGUUUACAAGAGAAGAAAAAGAGUUAAUAAUUGUGGAAUUUGAUGAAGAAAGACACUCUAAAAUAUCUAAUAACUCUGAAAAAUAUAUAAAUGAAACUAAAUUUGAUAGUAUUAGAAAUUCACAGAAAUUUGAAGUAGUUAGUCAGUUAAAAAGAUUCAAUAACUCAGUUGAGUAUUUGAAUAGCUCACAAUCAGAUAACUCAACAUUAAUAAGGCUGUACUCCCCAUGGAUGAUGUUUUCAGUAUACUUUAUGUCACAAAUUCGUUUUGCAGCUGAAGUUCAAAAUUAUUACAUUUAUGAUAUAAUGAUAGAACCUGAAAAAACAAUGGGACAAGUGUUAUACCCACUGGAGGCAUUACCAAAUCUUCAGGAAAUGACUCCUGAAUAUACUGGAAUUUAUCCUAUUAAAGCUCCUAUUUUGAGUGUUAUUUUGUUAUGUGAUCCUUUAGAUAUGGAUUGCAUGGCUACUAUAAUAAAAUUAUUAAAUAAAAAGUGGCCAAUUAGACUAAAUGUUAUGCUAGUAGACCCUAAUUGGAUACAAGAAAGAAAACCAGAUUUUAAUAUUCCUUUUAACUAUGAAGGAGUUAACACUGAAAAGGAUUUCCAAACUAGAUUUGCAGAAAAUUCGUCUAAAAAAUUUACUAAUAGUUUUAAUGAUACUUCAUUAUGUAGUUUUUAUUUUGCUAAAAAUCUUGAAGAUUGUCCCGAAUGGAUUAGGCAAUCAAAUACUUCAAUGAACGAAAAUAUGGAAUUAAAUGCAAAUUCUGCAGGUAUAAUGGGAAUAAAGUUAGCUAUUUCGGAAAUAUUUGGAUUCUUUGUUUCAUCUCAGACUAUACAAGGCAUGAUUUUAGCUAGAGCAUUUUUAGAAAUGAUUGCAAGGAAUUUCCCACUUCUUUUAAAUCCAUCAUUUACUCUAGGAGAGUUAAAUAAAUUUUUAGAACUGUUCUUCAAGCACUUUGAUGCAAAUGCAGAUAUUAAUAAAUUGUGGCAAAUUAUAUAUUCUAAUAACCCAAAUCAAGACUCAUAUGUGAAUAAAGCAUUAGCUUAUUGUAGACUAAAAGGUUUUACAUCUAGAGGAUCUCUUGUAAAUGGAUAUUUCAUACAAAUUGAGGAUCUGGAUAUUGAACAGGUAAUUUAUACAAUUGCAAAGAGAGAACAAACUUUAAUUACUCAGGGUGUUAAGUCUGGAAUUAUAGCUACUGAAGAUGAUAUACCUGAGUAUAUUUUAAAGUAUUCAGACUCAACCUUACCUGCAAUGUUUCCCCCAUUAACAAAGUCAAUAAGAUUAAAUGAUUGGCCAUAUUCGGGAAUGAGAUAUGGUUGGAGUAUUAUCGAUAAAAAAUUGAACAAAAAAGAUCUUAAAUUAGAAGAAACUGAGUAUAUACCUCAAGAUUUAUCUGAAUUUAGUAAUAUAAUUAAGGGAGAUUCAGAUAUAUUUGAAAAUGUUGAAAUAACAAAGUCUGAUCUUUUAUCCUUGAACUAUACAAGAUUAUGGGAUACAAACCCUGUAUUGGACGAGAAAAAAAUUAAAGUAUCUCCUUUCACCACAUUUAUAGUAUUAGUUAGAAGUAAUAGUGCAGGGCUAUAUAGUUUACAGACAGUAUUAGACUACUGGAUAUCUACAGUGUCAUUAUUUACUUCUACUAUGAAUAGGAGAUCUUUUAGUGAUUUUUUUCCAAAUAGAAGGUUCUCAAUAUCUUUUAUUAAUGAAUAUAAUCAAUUUCCAAUGAAUUUAGAAUAUUUGAAGGGGGGUUCAGUGCAAGAUUCUAAUCAUAAUACUAGUGAUCUCAAUCAGAUGAGUGUAAUUAAUGGUACUCAUACAAUAUCAGCCAAAUCGUUACAGCAGUGCUUUGAUAGAGUUUUAGAACCUUUAAACAAAAAUGAUAGAUUAUAUCCUGUUCUUCAGCAUCUAAAAGUUUUAAAGACAUUUACAAGUAUUUUAUCUAAAUUGAUAAAUGAUCCUUAUUUAAAGAAAUUACCAGAUGACUUCCAAAUACAAGAUCUUUGUACAAAAAUAGCCAAUAUGGCAGGGUUGGAUAUUCCAAUUGAAAAUAUUCAAAUGGAAUCCAGUAGAAUAGAGGCAAUUAAAAAGUUUAUUAGAAAAUUUUCUUCUCAAAAUGAUGAAACUGUCCAUUCAUACCCUUUCAGACAGCGUUCCAGUAGAGAUAGUACCAUUUUUCCAAGAUAUGUUUCGUAUAACUUCUCUAAUAGUGAAGAAAAUAAGGAGAAUGAAGAUCAGACAAGCUAUAAUUCUAAAAAAACUUUCAAAUCUAAGAAACCAAUAUUUAAAGACACUGAACUGUCAAAUAGAAAGUGUUCAGAGGUAUAUUCUAUGGGUAUUGCAAUUAAUGGAUUAUUUAUCAGAGUAUGUCCUCAAUUAUAUCCUAAUUACAUUAGUUUAAAUACACCCAUAACAAGGUUUUCUCCUAUUCAUAUAGUACACAUGAAGAUUAUGGAACUUGCAAUAACUAGCAGAUUGAGACAUUUAGUAAUGCUAAGCCAAUAUAAGCAGCAUAUAAAUUUAAAUGAUGUGUCAACUUCAUAUAAAAGAAAUAUAAAAAAUAGAUGGGAAUCUCUUUCUCCUGAAGAUGUAUUUUUAUUAAUGCAGGAAAAUAUUCGAGCAUUAGAUUACACUCAGGGAAAUUCCUUCAUAUACUUAGAAGAACUUUACAAUAAACAUGAUAUUUCAAAUAGUAUUAAAACUCAUCUUAAACCUCCAAGAUCUAAAUCAAAUUCAAUUAGUUUAAUAAAUGUUGUUGUAACUUUGGAUCCUCUUACUCCUAUUUCUACCAAAGUUUUGUCUCUACUUGAAAUACUACAUACAUUAUUUGAAGCCAACGUAAGAAUAGUUUAUAACCCAAUUUUAUACUAUAAUGGAUCUAUACCUAUUCAAAAUAUGUGGUUUAGAUAUGUAUUCAAUUAUCCUAGAUUAGUGCAGUCUAAUGAAACGAAUUCAACCAGUGUAGUGAGAUUAUCUGAUCUUUUAUAUUCUUCUGAUUCAGCUUCCAGCUUUAUUAAUGGUAGAAGUGAAGAAUAUGACUUUAAAAAUAAUACACAAUACAUUGCAAAAUUCAAUAUACAUACAAAAGAUCAUUUAGAAAUUGCUCUAGAUACUCCUAAAAACUGGGUAAGUGAAUUCAUUCAAACAGUGGUUAGAGAUAUAAAUAUGGAAGAACAAGUAAAAUUUGAUGGCGAUAAAGAUAUUAAAUAUAAUUUCCUAUCGAUAUCUCCAUCAAUAUUCGCAAAUAUUUCUUGUCCUAUACUCUUCCAGUACAAGCUCAAAGGCUUCAGGAAAAGUGGAAGUAUUCACACAACUUCCGAAAUGCACAAUUCAAGCUUUAUUAUACAGAAUAAGUACCUUGAUAGUGAAUCAAAUGAUUUAGCUAGCUAUAGCCUGCUUGAGUUUGGAUACUUUAGUGUAUUAACUAAUCCUGGGAUAAACUUAUUUACAUAUAAGCUUGAGUUGGUAGAUUAUUUAUCCAAUGAAUGGAUUAAUAAUGAUACUAAUAACUCAAGUGAAGUUCAACAAAAGAAGGGAAUUUUCCAAAUAACUACAAAUAAUUUAAUUUCAUCUUCUAAAUCUCUUAAUAUCUUUGCUAAUCUUAAAUAUGAUAAUAGUCCCAACUUUAAUGAAAUAAUAGAGAAUAAUCUCAACUCAAAUUCCUUCCUAUAUAAUAUAAAACAAGAUAUUAAAGAAGAAAUUUCUAUGUUAAAUAUUCUUUGCAUCUCAUACAUAAACAAACAUAUUACAGGACAAGAUUUAGAAAGAUUUGUCCAAUCAAUUUUAAAUUUAAAUCUUUCAUAUACUAAUAUAAUUAUCCAUUUAGAUAAUAGAGAACUGGAUGCUCAUCUAAAAAUAUCUUGGCUUCCAUUAUUACAAAAAAAGUAUAAUAUUCAAUUUAAUAUAUUUGAAGUAAUGUGGCCAGAGUGGUUACCACAACUACCAGAACAUUUACAAACUAAUAUCAUUGAUAUAUUUGUUACUUUAGAUACUUGGGUCCCAAGAAUAGCAUCUAAACUUUAUAUAAUAGAUCCUUCUUAUGUUAAUAUCAAAGAUAUUAAUAAAUUAGCAAGUAUUAAUAUGGAUGAAUUUAGUUUUGCAUUUCCUACUUGUAAUUCCAAUUCUAAAUUUGAUCCUAAUAAUUAUUCUAAACAAGAUAAUUGGAGAGAUAUUUUUAAAGCAAAUCAUAGUUAUAAUUUUGAACAUGCUAAGAAUUAUUCUAACUAUUAUUUGACAUCUUUUGGAAUAAUCAAUUUGAAAAAAAUUAACUUCACAAUACCACUGUUACGUAAUGCAUAUAUUAAAACUCCAUGGAGUCUUGCUUAUCAACAAAUGACUAUCAAUUCAAAACAUAUCCAAAUUACUCCUAUUGAUUUACUAAUAAAUUUUGCAAGCCAAUUCAUUCCUGUAUAUCCAAUUUCAGAAUUAAUUGUUGCCUGUUUAGAAUUGUGUAAAGAGGAUAUUCUACAAGUUGCAGAUAUCAUAAAUUUCGGCUGUGAACCAAUAAAAAAUAUUUAUCAAGUCGACUUCAAAACAGAAUUACUAAAUAAUAGAUCCCUAAUUAAUAACAAAAAUAAACCUCUCAAUUAUAUUAAACAUGAUGAGCUAUAA